AAUUGUGAGCGUCUGCAAUGGCAUGGAUGUUGUUUUGAACACUAUGUCCGAUUGACAGUGCCCCAACAUACAAUUACCCAGCAGUUUGUUUCCAGGAAGUGAUUGGAAAGCGUGUUAAAUGUCUGAUUUGAAACAUAUCAAAUAAGUGAAAUUCGAGAGUUUGUUAAGUUUAGUUUUUUGAAAUUUUGUGAAGUAUUUAAAAAAUAAAAGAAAAAUAAAAUGGAUAAAGUAAUGUCAUUAUUUGAGGAUGCUGAUCCUUUGAAAACUUGGUGGCCUUUUAUUAUUGCUGUGGCAGUUGGGGUUAUUGUGACAAUAAGGACCUUGAUGGGUGGCCAGCGAUGUCCGAACGUGAACCAAAUCGACAGGCAAGUCGUCAUUGUUACGGGAGGCAACAGUGGCAUCGGCAUGGAGAUCUCGAAGGCAUUGGCAGGACGUGGUGGUCAUGUCAUAAUGGCCUGCAGGGACCUCGUCAAAAGCGCACGCAUCGUGGCCAUGCUCAAGCGGGAGUUGAGCUGUCGCACAGAAGGAGAAUACUUCAUCGAGACACGAUGCCUCGACCUGCGGUCCUUCGACAGUGUGAAGCGAUUUGCCCGCGAUAUUCAAGCCGAAUUCGAACGUGUUGACAUUCUCAUUAACAAUGCCGGCGUUAUCUUCCAUCCCGAGUCGAAAUCAGUUGAUGGCUUUGAGAUGCAUCUGCAGGUGAACUAUCUGGCACCGUUCCUGCUGACGCACCUCUUGCUGCCACACUUGAAGAAGUCCGAUAACGGACGGGUCAUAAAUGUGUCGGCUCAUGCACAUGCCACAGCGAAAAUGGACUUUGACGAUCCGCUGAAUGUGGGCACAUGGGCUGUGAAGUUCCAUGCACGCGAUGCCUUCUCGCACUCUAAGUUGGCAGUUAUUCUGGCCACCAAAUGGCUGGCAAGGGAGUUGAAAGGUUCAACGGUGACUGUGAACGCUUGUACACCAGGACUAGUCAGAGGCACAUCGCACCUGAGAAAUUCACCUUUGAUGUCAGCUAUGUGCGUCAAGUUUAUGACAUUUCCUUGGAUGUGGUUGUUUAUGAAAAAUCCACAGGAGGGCGCUCAGACUGCCGUACGCUUGGCUACAGAUCCGCAACUGAAGCUUGUUACUGGCGAAUACUUUAACGAUUGUGAGAUAGCAACACCAUCGGAGAUGGCAAAGGACAAGGAACUGGCAAAGAGAUUAUUCAUGGAAACAAUGCGGGUACUGAAGUUGACAGGUGGCGACGAUGAAAAGGAUUAGAACAAGGAUCCCUUAAAACAAUAAUUAUUACUUUAACAUUGUUUAAAAGACUUUUGAUAUUGUAUGUCGUAGAUGAAUGAAAGGAGGUGCUUGAAUAAAGAGACUUUUUUUUUGUAUUAUUAAGUAUAAGGUACAUAAAGUGCAGAUUUUGACUUAAGGACUUUA